AUGAAUCUGUUCGUGAUAGAUUCAAAAGUCAGCCACUGCCAAAUAAAGAUUGUGUCGCUGGAGUUUAAUUCAAAAGUAAGAAUAGCAACAUUUCCCGAGACAGUCUUACUGGAUGAGUCUCUCACAAGUGUUACAUGUAUUGUGGCAUCAAAAUCCUCUAUUUGCCAAAUCGUAGACAUCGAUCUGGUGAAUGGUAGAAUAGUUCCACACAAUAAUGUCCAACGACAAGACGACAUUAAUGCUCUUUUGGACUUUAUUGAUUCGAAGCUUGCGCCAAGCCUUCUCAAAAAGCUUCACAUCCUCUUCAAAAAAAGUAACAUGCUGAAAAAGUUUAUUUUGGAGAUGGUUAGACGUAUGUAUUUUAAAAGAAUAUCCUCACUGUACUCUAGAAACACGUUUAAUUCUCAUACGUUUGAGAUUUCUACUGAGUAUUUUGAGCUUAAACAAGUUUCAGUUUGGCCGUCAGUCAACCGAUCAAUGAUAAAAACUUCAGAGUACUUUAAUCUAAUACUGAAAAGAUCAUUCAUAAACAAGCUUCUGGCAUACAUCACCCCUCUUGGUGGCUCGGUCUAUGUUAAGGAGCUCAACACACAUAAAAUUAUCAAAGAGUACAUUCCAGUAUCACAAAAAUUGAUUUUAAAUCUUCUUUACAGGUCUGGUGUCUAUAGAAGCUUCAUAGCAUCCAAGAUAAUGCGAUAUCUUACCGUAGUUGCAGGCCAAAGAUUUGACUCUCACACAUCAGUACGGUCAAUAAAAAAAUUUAUAAGAAUGUACAAGAUUGAUAUUAAUGAAUGCGAAAAACGCGAAUUUACAAGUUUCAAUGACUUCUUUAGUAGAAAACUAAAACCAAAUGCUAGAUUUGUUGAAGUUUCUGGUAAAGUGUCGUCUCCAGCAGACUGUAGGCUCCUUGGAAACGCUGAUGGAAAACUGCUGGGUAUCAAAGGGAAGUUUUUUAAGGUCGAAGAGCUGUUGGAAAGACAUGUUGCUUUUGAAAACAUAUGCAUAUGCAGGUUAGCGCCACAAGACUACCAUAGAUUCCAUGCGCCACUUUCCUGCGAGGUAGUUUCGAUUUACCACAUUCAAGGCUCAUACCACAGUGUGAAUCCGAUCAAUAAGUUCAACAGAGUUUUGGAUGAAAACGCAAGAUCAGUAAUAGUACUUAAAACAGGCCGAGGAACUAUCUACUAUGUAGCAGUUGGGGCUACGCUGGUAGGAUCUAUUGUUUUAUCUGUCAAGGCCGGAGAUCACUUGGACCAAAUGGAUGAGAUUGGAUAUUUUAAAUUUGGAGGGUCCUGUGUUGUACUUAUAACUGAUUUUAAAUGGGAGCUUAAGGAAGAAAUCAGUGGAAAUUCACUUUCUGGAAUCGAAACGCUUGUUCGAGUAGGGGACAGUCUAGAAAAGUGCUAG